CAUUGAGAACGUAAACAAAAUGGCGACUUCCUGUUGUAAAAUUCAAUGGAAUCACUGCUAGGAGGAAUCGACUUUGAAUGACAGAAUGCCGAACGUUUCUUCCGUAGCUUGGCUAUCAUAAACUUCAUUUAUCACCAUGAAGAGAAGAUAAACUCACAUGAUGUCGUUUUUUAGGCGCAAGUCAGAGAAGCAGAAGUCUGCAGCAGUGAAGCUACCCUCAAGCUUGGGGUCAGGUUUGAAGAGGACUCCAUCCAACCGAUCCAAUAAAAGUUUACCCCAGUCUCCAGACACACCGGAUUCGUGGAAUGAGGAGAACGAUAUCGGUGUUGUUUCCAACGGGAGCGCGUCGGGCCUGCGUCGUCCCAGAACUCUUUGCCUCUCGGAGACUGUUCUUCAAGAUGGCAAAGAUAUUCCGGAAAACUCCCUAGAGUCGCCAAUGCGGACGUCUUCCCGGCUGUCAAAGACGUUACUUGAGGUUGUACGGGACCAGGACGCCCUCUCUUGCCUCAAGUCCUUUCUGCGGAGUCAGAAUGCUGAGUCCCUGCUUCAGUUUUGGUGCGACGCCGAGUCUUUCCACGCAGCCACAUUGACGCGCCGGCGAACACACUCCCUCCAACAUGUGUCGAAAGGCUCCCUCCACAAGAGACGCAGCGGCAGCGUGCUUAACGCGGCAUCCAAUCAGGAGAGUGGCCCGAGCCCUAGCCCAGCCUCCCCCGCCAUUGACCCCGUCAUGGGGGACUCCCUGGACCGUUACGACAGUCAGACUGCUACACCGUCGUCAAGAGUGGGUGGCGGGGAGGAAAAAUCUGGGCACGGUUUGUCCACGACUGUAGCAAAUGCUGCAGAUCCCCACCAGCACGGCUGUAAAGAGGAGCUACUUUCUAAUCCACCUGUUGUUGCCUUACCUCAAGCCCAAGCCGUCAACUCUUGCGGCAAAGAUGGUGCACGGUUGCCAGACGGCAGUGCAGAUACACUCACGCGGAAACCACCUGAGGAAAUUUCUGAAAAAUGUCCCGAAAUAGAAGAUAUUGCCUCAUCAUUGCGUGCAGGAAGUGAAAGGCUGGCAGCUGGUUCGAAAGUCCCGGCAGAGGCAGGUUCUCUCUCAGACAGUGUUCCCCGACCGCAGCAGACACCCACGGCCCAGUCUCCGAGCGGGCGUGACGGUGAGCUGAUCUCUCCACAACACCCACACACAGAGUCGGGGGACGAGAGUGGGAAAGUGGACGGGUCGUCUGGUGACCUCACAAGUCCCACGUCCAGUCAAGAAGAUCUGGCGACAAAGCUGAAAAAGAGUAUAGAACGGGAUGCCGUGACAAUCUUCUCUACUUACAUCGCCAAAGACGCGCCACGGCCUAUCGGGGUCAACGACCUCUUGCGAUCGGAAGCUAUCAGUCGGAUCUGUCGAGAGGACGGAGAGGUGGACCCCGAGUGUUUUGUCAGUUGCCAGAGAUUUGUCCUGGAUAAGAUCGAUGCUCAGUACUUCCCAGGGUUCCGGGACAGCGAGCACCACUGCAGCCACCAGGCGCACGUACUCACCACGGAGCGCAUCUAUCUCCCCGACAUCCUGCUCAAUGAGAACGCCCUGUGUUACUUCAUGGAGUACAUGGAACAGGAAGGCGGCAGCGACCUGAUGCAGCUGUGGCUCGCGGCCGACAACUUCCAGCAACAGCUGUCGGCAGCCGGCCCGGGCUACGACUGGGAGCAGGCUCAGAACGACGCGAUGGUCAUCUAUGAUCGCUAUUUCUCCCUCCAAGCCACGCACCCUGUGGGCUUUGACGACAAACUUCGCUUCGAGGUGGAGGGCAACAUUUGCCGGGAGGGGGGGCCACUCCCCGACUGUUUCACCAAGGCCAAAAACAUCGUGCUCAAAAUCUUGGAGAAGAUGUACUUCCCGGGCUACCUCCAGAGCCAGGUGUACCAUCGCUACCUGUCGGAUCUGGUGAGCACCGUGCAGAUGGCGGAGGACAUGCACAACAAACCCUACCACAAGGUGCACCGACGCACAGAGAGUGACGCGUCCUCGGAGCACAGCAUUGGCAGUCAGAGCACGGGGGCGGAGAGUAUGGUGUCUCGCAACACGCUCCUGGCCGUGGACACGCGCCGAGUCCGUAAGGGAGGCACGGGGGCCGCGGGGCCCAUCGUCGGAGACUUCAGCAUGACCCCGGAGAUGUUUAACCCCGACGACCUCUGGAAAAGACCUUCCGCAGGAGACCUGAGCCUGGGCUGUGUCAAUGAACUGGGUCAGUUUGUCUCCCAGUUUGAGCAGGGAGUGGAUCAGGAUCGGAGAAAAGGUUCUGGAUUUUUCAAGAAGUGGAAAGAAAAGGAAAAGGAGCAGGAAGAGAUGGCGCUGCGGGUGGCCCAGAUGAUAAUCAGCGACGUGAACACGAUGACCAAGACAGGGGAGACCAUGAUGGAGAACCACAGUUGACCACGGCCGCUCUCCCUACACGUGUUUUGUCCACGCAGCAGUUCAAUGGACUGUCUCAAGCUCUGUUCUCUAGGCCUGCAAGUUGUCAGCGCGCAGCGGGCGGGCGCGUACAUACACUGGGCACACGCAUAUUGACUGAGGAAAGGGUUCUGUGCUGAAGUUGUGUGGUCAGAUGAAUGUUGAAGAUGUUGUUGUUGUAGUGUUGUAGGAGUCGAGAAGUGAGGUGGGGAAGGCGACGGUUUUGAAGCUGGGGACAGAACUCUGUGGCUGUAGCUUUUCUCUGGGUGGUUGACGGGUGCUCUGGUGUGGUGUGGUUUGCUUCUUCUUUCCUAUCAAACAACUAUCGUGUUU